AUUUUAAUUUUAUCUUUGUGGUGACACUGUUUGCGUCGUCUUCUUAAGCGCAUAUUAAAAAUAAUUUGUACAAAAAGAAAGAAAAACUAGCACAAAGAAAAAUAAAACACAAAUAUAAAAAUGAGUUCAAAAGUAUUAUUCGCAUGCUCCAAAUGCUUUUCGCGGCACCCAUACGAAGAAUUAUCCUCGGGCCAGCAGCUAUGCAAGGUAUGCCGUGGUUCUACCUCAGUUGUUAAAUGUACUUACUGCCGCUCGGAAUUCCCCUCCGCCUCCAAAUCACAGAGUGCCUGUAAAAAAUGCGAACACUAUCUGAAUAAAUACGGCAAGCCCAGUGCCUGCGAGUGCUGCAAAAUCGUCGCUGCCUUUGGCAGCUCCAAAUGCAUGAGAUGCGCCAGCUACGAGGCAAAGUACGGACCCCCGACACAGUGCGACGAGUGCAAGCUGCGAUCAGCCUUUGACAGGCGCGACGAGAACAAAAAGGUCAAUGGCAAAGUCCUCUGCUGGCUAUGUACCUGCGCCUACAAACGCGCUCUGUUGAAGGCCCAGCAAGAGGGACGAAUAUCCAUGUCUAAAAAGCGGCCACACGAGAAGUCCUCAUCGACGGCUCACAGAGAGAGCCACGCGUCUGCCAAGAAAGCAACACGCGGCGGCGACAUUUCCAAAGGAGCUAGCAACGUGAAUUCCAGUGGUGUGACAUCAGUCAGCGGCGCAGGCCUAGAUCUGCCCGACAAGAUAUCGCGGGGCAAUGGCGGCAAUGGCACAAUCGCCGCACCAGCUGCGAUCACAGUAGACACAAACUCGUCGGAUCACGUGGUGGCCAUUACAUAUCUAAAGGAGCGCAUCGCCAGUCUGGAGAAGCGCUUGAAUCAAAAGGACAAAGAACUGCUCGAGAAGGACAAGCAGUUGACAGAGCUGAAGGGCAAGAACUUCGAGAAGGAAAACGAGAUGCGCAACAGACUGAAAGAGGUCGAGCGACUGCAUGACAUGAAAGUAGAUAACUUGAAUCGCAAAGUCGCUAGCCUUUUGAAAGAAAUAGCCGUCAUGAAGAAGAGCACCAACAAGAAGAGCGGCGGCGGCAGCGGCGGCAAGGCUGAAAAGGAAGCAGUGAAACGUGAGAAUUUGUCUCCCAAAGAAGAGAUUGUCGCUGCCGCGCCUGAGAAGCAGAGCAAGCGCGAACCAGAGCGUGAUCUGGACAAGGAUGAGAAGAGUCUCGACCGCGAUGAGGAGCGCAGUGACCAGGAGCGUGGCAGCGUGCAUUCACGCUCCGCCUCCAGCAGUCCCUCUUCGAACUGAACGCACAGUUAACCCAACGAGCAUCAUUCACACUGUCGCAAUCACGCUGCAUUGCCGUGUCUUUGUUGUAAUGAUUUUUAGUUUGUCGCUAUACACAUUUAGACUAUUACGCAUAUAAUUUUAAUUGUAACAUAAUUAUUACAAUAUUGUUUCCUACCAUUUUAUGUCUACACAUUUCCCCACUCAAAUUGUUCUCUUUCAUCUAUUCUUGAUCUGCCUUCCUCCAUGGGAAUCACCGAUUAGAAAAUGUAAUUAUAUAGGCUCAACUUACAAAAUUUUUAGUUUAAUUUGCCAGAUGAAACAAAACUCGAAGAAGAAUCCAUUGUUUACAAACUUAACAAAAUAUAUACAAAUUGGGGACGAGAAAGCUA